GCCGCCCUCCCUCUUCUCUCUCUCUCUCUCUCACCCCUGCCCUCUACCGUGCGUCGCCCUCAAAAACCACCGCUCCAUGUAUUACAUCUCAUUCCUUUCAUCUCUCUCGAUCGAGGUAAGUAUCUACAUCUCAUUCCUUUCAUCUCUCUCGAUCGAGGUUAGAAAUCGAUUUCCUCUCACGUUUUUCUUCUCAUUUCUUCCGGCCAAGGUCCGCCAGCCUCCUACCUAGCCCCUUUCAAAACCCCCAUCUCCUUCCCAUGUCCUUCCAAAACCUCAAACUCAUCCCUGUCAAAACCCCCAUCAUCGUCCGCACCUAGCCCCUUUGAAAACCCUAAACCCCUAUAGAUCGGAACCCAUCGAUUUUGCAUAUGAAACCUUCCGAUCUGUCAAUGCUCCCCUCCGACACCGUCGAUCUUCGUCAUCUUCUUUGUUUACCGAUCGAUCUACAAAGGUAAACCAUAUGGGCUUAUGCAGUGCACAAACGAUCUGCCGAGGAGAGAUUGCGGUGCGUGUUUAGAAGAUGCUGUGGGUCGGAUUCCUACGUGUUGUAAUGGAAAACAAGGUGGGAGAGUUGUUGGACCAAGUUGCAAUUUGAGGGGAACUGAUAUGAGCAGUCCACAUGGCAUACAUGUUGGCCUGUUAGACCGUCUUGUAAUUAUACGGACAGAAACUAAUGGUCCAGCUGACAUGAUACAGUAUGGGAUCGUAUACCAGCUUGGCAUUGCCAAUAAAAGCACCAGCAUUGCCGUCUAUUUGCUGUCUUGGAUCUAUGUGGUUGUGGUUGUUGCUAUUUAUCUGGUAAUCAUGCAUGCUCAUGACAAGUACUCUGCGAAGGAGCACAUUUACUACCGGGCAGUUAAAUUGUUCGUCAUCUGCCUCACGACACUGGUGGUCAUCAUAUUGCUGAGAUUCACCAGGUGAUGAUGUGGUUAUUUCAAACACACGGCUUUAUGACAGUUUUUUCAAGCAGAGAUGUUCCUUGGUGUUGCUGGCCAAAUGGGUACUCAAAACUUCAAUCUGGCUGAUUUUCAUUCUCUGGAUUGCUCUGAUUUUUCUCUAUCCUAGGACCAAUUUUUUUUCCUUUUAUUUUUCUUUUUUAAGAAAGGAGAACUAUCCUAGUUCACUAUAGGAAUCCUAUUUAUGCUGUCCUAAUUUUGCAUGUAACUGUAAUAAAAUAUGAUGUUUCUAUUGUUGAUGGAAAAUACUCCACUAAUCAUAAACUGAACAUUCUUUCUGUGGCCUUGUCUCCACUGAAAAUGUAGGCUAUUGGCACUUGGCACU